GCCACCGCCGAGCCUGUGCACGGGCAUUCUAUACAUCGUCGUAUACGUGUGCGUAGUGUGUACACAUCAGUAGGACAUUGCUCACCCAGCCCAACCACCACCUUCCCCCUCCCCUCAUCAUCACUCCCGCGCCCGCCCCACCCGCCGACGCACGCCAUGGUCUCGCUCGCCGGCUCCCAGAUCCUCUCGCCAACCCACGGCCCCUGCACCACCACCUCCGCCUCCUCUACCCGCCGCCCGGGCCACUCCAUGCGCACCAUCCGCUCCGCCCUCCUCCACCCGGACUCGCCCCCAGGGCCCGCCUCCCGCCCGCGCGCCACCGCCCACACCUCCGACGCGGACUCCGACAUGGAGAACCUCACCGACUCCGUAAUCGACUUCCGCCUCAGCGAGCUAGCAGCCACCGCAGGCCCCACCCACCCAGCGGCCGUCGCCAAGUCCUCCUCCGCCAACGCGGCCGCCACCGACAUGCUCGACCUCUCCCGCGACUUCUCCGACUACUCCAGCUUCAACUCCGACAUCUCCGGCGAGCUCCAGCGCCUCGCCGCCGCCGCCUCCGCCUCCGCCACGCCCGCCAGAUCCGACCCCACCGUGGAUCUAAACGACCUCGAGUCCAUGGAUCUCUCCGAAGCCGCCUCCCCGCUCUCCCACAUCGAGCCCUUCAUCCACGCCUGCGUCCGCGCCCUCUCCCCGGACUCCCCGCCCGACGCGCGGCGCGGGGCCGCCGCCCGCAUCCGCCUCCUCGCCAAGCACCGCUCCGACAUCCGCGCCCUGGUCGGCUCCUCCGGCGCCAUCCCCGCCCUAGUCCCGCUCCUCCGCAGCACCGACCCCACCACCCAGGAAAACGCGGUCACGGCCCUCCUCAACCUCUCGCUCGAGGACCGCAACCGCACCGCCAUCACGGCGGCCGGCGCCAUCAAGCCGCUCGUCUACGCGCUGCGCACGGGGACGGCCCCCGCCAAGCAGAACGCCGCCUGCGCGCUGCUCUCGCUCUCCGGGACCGAGGACAACCGCGCCACCAUCGGGGCCUGCGGCGCCGUCGCGCCGCUCGUGGCGCUCCUCUCCGCGGGCUCCACGCGCGGGAAGAAGGACGCGCUCACCACGCUCUACCGCCUCUGCUCCGCGCGCAGGAACAAGGAGCGCGCCGUCAGCGCCGGCGCCGUCGUGCCGCUCGUGCACCUCAUCGGGGAGCGCGGCACGGGCACGUCCGAGAAGGCCAUGGUGGUCCUCGCUAGCCUCGCCAGCAUUCCUGAGGGCCGUGAUGCCGUGGUGGAGGCCGGCGGGAUUCCGGCCCUGGUUGAGACCAUCGAGGACGGGCCUGCCAGGGAGAAGGAGUUCGCGGUCGUCGCUCUGCUGCAGCUCUGCUCCGAGUCUUCCAGCAACCGGGCGCUUCUUGUUCGAGAAGGGGCCAUCCCGCCGCUUGUCGCGCUCUCGCAGUCUGGCUCUGCUCGUGCAAAGCACAAGGCUGAGACUUUGCUUGGCUACCUGCGCGAGCAGCGGCAGGGUGGCGGCUGCAGAGCUGGACUGGGCGCAGCUACGAGCAUGGCUCGGUAGUGCGCUAGUUAUGCGAUGAUGAAGCGACGAGCUUGGCUAGGUAAAUGCAGUACUGAUGUGGCGGAAUAGAGGUAGUAUGCUUGGUUUAUGUUUGACCUCGUCUGCUCCGUUCUUGAUUCGAGUAUCGAGAACGGAGUAGUAGCCCUGUAGGGAUGGGGCGCGAUGAUCAUGUGUAAAUAACGGCUGGCUUUUGGCUCGGUUAUGUGAAUACAUGUGUGGUCUGCGAGUGAUGGAUGGUUAGAUCUUAGAUGGUUUGGUUACUAACAUCAGUUGAGAGGAGGAUGAUAGGACUUGGAUUGUUGCUGAGGCUAAGUGAUGCGGAGUUGUAGGUGUGUACAUGAUGUUAGGGUGGCAAUAUGGUAUUCUUGCCUGGCUUUGUGAGGUUAUAGGGGGAAUGUUGGGUAGCCAACCAUGCCAUUUUUACUUAUGUUUGGAGUCCAACUUCCCCCCUGUUACGUUUUAUCUAGUGUGACCUGUUUUGCAGACCUUUUGUUGA